GCAUAUUUUUGGUCUCGCCUAGGGGGGCAGAAAGGCAAGGACCGGCCCUGACCCCUUGCCUUGGGGGACAUGGUAACUUUAGCAGGACAAAAUGCAACUAUACAAAGUAGAAAGGGAGAGAGGAAGAGACAGUCCAUCACCAGCAUACUUGUAGUUUUUGUAUCUAAAACCUGCAAUUAUAUUUAUAAUCCAAUCUAAUUCGUUGGCUAGUUUGUCAGUUUACGUAUAGCAUUCAUUGUAUUUAGCUCGCUAUCUGCGACGCAGCCGGUAGCUAGCGAGCUACUUUGCCGCUUUGGAUGCAGCAGGCAGACUACCGGCCGAGAUCAGCCAUGCUUCUUUUCUUCUCCCUCAUAUGCAGGCUAAAUAGCGAUAUAAAUCAACAGUCAAUCCAGUAGGGUCUGGAAACUAUAGUCAACUUCGAUUGGUCAAUCUCAACGGGAUGUCGCGGAGUAAAUUCAAUAAAAUAAAUCAGUUCAUUCAAAUGUUGGUCCUUCAUUGAAAAUGAAUAUUUGUUUUGAAUAUUGUGUUUUAUCGCCCCCCAAAGUGUUAUAUGAAUCUAUUGUGAGUUUCUCCUUCGGAUGCAGCGGUGGAAGCGUUGCUGAGAGCCCAUUGGCUAUCGGAAAGGUCAAUGUUGUGGGUAUUGAAGGUUUGGGAGCUUUUCCCGGAAGAAACAUUUCGGUUCAACUUGCCAGGAGGAACAUCUCGUGUGACUUGCGGAGCGCUCUCUUCCGGUAGUAUAAAGAUUGCCACGAGUUAGCUCGCCGAGUCGGAGAGUAUCCAUCUUGAAAAGCAGCCUCCGGCACCUUGCUCAAUUUUAAACGGUGAUCACUAUGUCUGACGACGCUGAACAGCAAUUAAUGGAGACGUCCGAAAAUGGAAACGAAGCAGAAGAGUUGAAUGGAGCAGAAGAAUCCACAUUACAGGCCGAAACGGAGGAACAAGACAAACAGAGUUGUGAGGAAGAGGCUGCUGUGGAGGAAGUGGACGCCCAGAACGGAGCGGCAGAAGGGGGACAGAUAAAUGCAAGCAAAGGCGAGGAUGACGCUGGCAAAAUGUUUGUUGGUGGACUUAGCUGGGACACUAGCAAAAAAGACCUGAAAGACUACUUCUCCAAAUUUGGAGAGGUGACAGAUUGUACCAUCAAGAUGGACUCAAACACAGGAAGGUCACGCGGGUUUGGGUUCAUCUUGUUCCAAACGGCAGCAAGUGUAGACAAGGUUCUUGAGCAGAAAGAACACAGGCUAGAUGGACGACAGAUAGACCCAAAGAAGGCUAUGGCAAUGAAGAAGGAACCAGCCAAGAAGAUCUUUGUUGGUGGUCUAAAUCCAGAAGCGACAGAGGAGACCAUCAGAGAAUACUUUGGAACCUUUGGGGAGAUUGAAUCCAUCGAACUCCCAGUGGACCCCAAAUUCAAAAAAAGGAGGGGUUUUAUCUUCAUCACGUUCAAAGAAGAGUCCACUGUUAAAAAAUGCCUUGAGAAAAAGUUCCACAAUGUGUGUGGAACUAAAGUUACAGAUGGAAAGGAAGGUCUUUGUGAGAUAAAAAUCGCCCAGCCCAAAGAGGUGUACCAGCAGCAGCAAUUUGGAGGCCGUGGUGGCGCCAGCUAUGGAGGAGGCCGGGGAGGCAGAGGCCGUGGUGGUGGCCAAAACCAGUAUGGCAACCAGGGUUAUAAUAACUACUGGAACCAGGGCUAUGGCAGCCAGGGCUAUGGCAGCCAGGGCUAUGGCAACCAGGGCUAUGGUUAUGGUGGGCAGCAGGCCUAUGGAAACUAUGGCGCUUACGGCAACUAUGACUACUCUGCUGGAUACUACGGAGGUGGCUAUGGAGGGGGCUACGACUACAACCAGGGCAAUACAAGCUAUGGGAAAACUCCAAGACGUGGAGGUCACCAGGGUAGCUACAAGCCAUACUGAUCUCAUGUAGUGCAGGACUCAAGUAAUCCAGAUUUGAGACUGGGGUGCGGCAGUGUGCAGGACUUCAUUCUUUCCUUUGGGAUGACAGACUUGAACUCCACUUGUACAGACCAUCUGAGGAACUGGGGGAAGCAAAUGUCACGUUUCCACAGUUUUUUUUAUUUCAUCAUUUUUUUUUUUUUUUGGUCCACAUUUCCAGAGAUGGAAGUAAUUUUUACUGUACUUUUUGGUACCUUUUGAAUCUAAUGUAUUGUAUGGUAUUUUACAUGGCGACUGGAUUUACAUGAGCAUCGAAAGCUGUCGGAGCUUUUCAAAUAAAGCAAUUUUGAGUAAUUUUUUUCUGGUUUCUAGAUUACUUUCUUUUCUGACUCUGCAAGUUGGCAACAGAACUUUCAACAAGGAAUUCGGUGUAGGAUUGGCGAUCAUGUUAAAAAAACAAAAAAAAGGGAUUUAUCUGAUUAUUUUUUUUCUUCCCCCUUUUAAGAUUUGUCUCUAGAGAAUGUCUGCUUGUAAAUGGAAGCAACCAAUAUAUUUUGGAUUCAUUUUUAAUUUUGACCUGUGUUAAGUGGCAUUUACACCUAGUUUUAUGCUUAAAAUAUUGCAGGGGGGGUUGCAGCCCCCUGGAAUUACAUUCCACCAGUGUCUUUGGCAAAUUGUUAUAAAUAAACAUUUUUGUUUAA